ACGCCUAAGUGUGAACGCUUUCCCAUCAGCCCUCGCGACGGCAGCAGCAGCCGGGAAGGGGGCGCCACGUGCAAGAGCGACAUGCCCAAGUCCAAGCGGGACAAGAAGGUUUCCUUGACAAAGACCACCAAGAAAGGCUUGCAAUUUAAACAGAAUUUGAUAGAAGAGCUCCGGAAAUGUGUGGACACCUACAAAUAUCUCUAUAUUUUCUCCAUUGCCAAUGUCAGAAACAACAAGCUGAAGGAUAUCCGCAAUGCCUGGAAGCACAGCAGGCUCUUCUUUGGAAAGAACAAAGUGAUGAUGGUGGCCCUGGGUCGGAGCCCAGCUGACGAGUACAAAGAAAACCUGCACCAGGUCAGCAAACAUCUGCGGGGAGAGGUUGGCCUCCUCUUCACCAAUCGCACCAAAGCCGAAGUCCUCGACUGGUUUGCACAGUUUAAAGAGAUGGACUUUGCCCGGGCAGGGAACACAGCAAAUUUCACCUUUGGCCUGGAUGCAGGACCGCUGGAGCAGUUUCCCCAUUCCAUGGAGCCUCAGUUGCGGCAACUUGGGUUGCCCACAGCCCUGAAGAAAGGAGUGGUGACGCUAAUCUCUGACUACAGGGUCUGCAAAGAGGGAGAAGUCUUGACCCCUGAACAAGCUCGCAUCCUGAAACUCUUUGGCUACAAAAUGGCAGAAUUCCAGGUGACAAUCAGGAGCAUGUGGCAUGCUGAGACAGGAGACUUUGAACAGCUGACUGGAGACACGGCGGAACAGAUGGAAGAGGGAGAUGCCGACUUGGCGGAAGACAGCAGCGGGGAGGCGGAAGACUGACCCACCUCCUUAGAAGGGACAUUUGGAAAUUCUUUUUCCGUUGGGAUACAGGACUGAGCUGAUCAGCUAAAUAUUUUAUUUAUCAGAAGAAAGAAGCUUUUUAUAAAUGUGUACAAAAAGUU